UUCUUGAGAUAAUGAAAGUCUUGGUCUUGGUCAGAUCGGCGUAGUUCUAGUGAAUCCACCACGAUGAAGUGUCUAACAAUAAGUUUAAUUUUAGUACUGUCUCUAUUUACACAAACUAGAUGCAAAAUGGAACCGAUAGUUCUCGUUCAUGGAGGUGCUGGAGACAUCCCAGAUUCCCGAGUUCCUUUAAAAAUAGCAGGGGUAAAAAAAGCCGCUUCUUUGGGAUACAAGAUUUUAAGGAAUGGAGGCAGCGUUCUGGACGCCGUUGAAGAAGCGGUUAAAUCAAUGGAAGAUGAUGAAGCUUUCAACGCAGGUUACGGAUCCGUCUUAAACCUAGAUGGUGAAGUAGAAAUGGACGCAUCAAUCAUGAUCGGUGCCAAUCUAAACUCAGGAGCAGUAACAGUAGUCAAAGACAUCGCCCACCCCAUCACCUUAGCCCGCCUGGUCAUGGAAAAAACACCCCACGUACUUCUUGCCGGUGUAGGCGCUAAUCGCUUUGCUAAGGACCAAGGAGUCCCUACUGUACCUCCAGGCAGCCUUGUGUCAAAAUACGCAACAGAAGCCCUGGAAGAUUUCAAGGAACAUGGUGACAACCGCACUGAAAUCGGCGAUGUAGGAACGGUAGGAGCGGUGGCUAUCGAUAGUAAGGGGCGGUUGGCUGCGGCCACCUCCACUGGAGGGAUCAAUGGGAAAAUGGUGGGGAGGAGCAGCGAUACUUCUAUGAUUGGGAGUGGAACGUAUGCAGAUGAUGACGUGGGAGCCGUUUCCACCACCGGACAUGGGGAGAGCAUUGCACGCUAUUGUUUAGCUCACACAAUUAUUUAUGAGAUUAAAAAUGGGAGUAGUGCGAACGUCGCUACGAGUAAGGCUUUGAAAGGUAUGACGGCUAAACUUCACAAUACUGCAGGGGCUAUAACUAUAUCGAAAAGUGGAGGACUUGGCAUUGAUUUUACUAGCAGGAGGAUGGCGUGGGCGUAUCAGAUUAAAGAUGAGAUACAUUUUGGAAUAGAGCAUGGGCAACAUACUAAGGAAAAAGCCGGGAACUAAUGUUUAUGGAUCAGUUCCUUUUAUAGAGGGCAGAAGGGUGGAAAUAACCCAGGCUAAAAGCGGGAUAUUAAUGUAACAUAUAGGCUAGUUAUUAUGUGUUCUAAUUAUGUAAUAUAAAUUUUAUGUCUAAGUUUACUUAGCGUUAGUAAAGUGUGUUGUGAUAUUACUAUUUUUAAUGUAGUAAGCAUUAAAAUAUAAAAUUUUAUAUUGAA